AUAUUCUAAAAUUACAGAACAAUUUGCUUUCGAAAAGUUACCUAAAACAACACUGGAAGAUAUUCCUAUACCGCCGAACAACAUCGACUUACCCAAGGAAUUAUCAAAAAUGACCUCCAUGAUAACGGCAUGGGGUAACCAAAACGUGGGAGACAGAUUGGCUUCCAUCUCAAAACUGUGCUCUUCCCUCGAUAACCGAGGCGCAAGAUAUCGUAAAGGAGCAAUGUACAACGCAGACGAAAGUAGCACGCAUUCAAAGCAAUCUUCCCUCUCCCACAAAGGUGCAAGUACCAUGUUCUCUUGCAAUUACUCGGAUACCGAACAGUCGACUGAGCAAUUGGAAGUUGGCUCAGUAACAAUUAGCAGUCCAAUGCCUGAAAAGCUACGCUGAACCGGUUCCACGCCCUAAGCGGGAACCCCUCUAUAUGCCUCCACUCUUGCGAACUAUAGCAAGCCUACCGAGACUUAUAUACUUUAGUAAUAAAUCUUUGUUCCAUGCAUCCAUCUCCAUUCGAAAUUUCCAUACCGUAUACGCGCGUCGACAAGAUGCCAGCGGUGUAUUGAACGUCGCUCGCUCGGACAAUCUAACCGUUAGAGUCUUGCGAUCUUAUCAAGAAGAAUGCGUACAAACAUCUUUGGAUCAGCUCAAGCUGGGAAAGAAGAGACAAGUAGUGUCACUUCCGGUCGGCAGCGGGAAGACAGUUGUAAUGGCCAAUUUGGUUUCCAAAAUUCCAGCGCGGUCGCCAAAAGCUACCAAAACUCUCGUGCUAGCACAUCGAGAAGAAUUGCUAGAGCAAGCUCAGCGACAGAUAUCUUCCAUCAAUCCAACUUUGAAAGUCGUCAUCGAUAGAGGUCGGUUGAAGCCCGAUAUAGACAGCGCAGAUGUGGUAGUGGCCUCUGUACCGACGCUUGGUCGAGCGGGUUCGGAGAGACUGGAUCGCUACGAUCCGGAGGCAUUCAAAGCCAUUCUAAUAGACGAGGCUCAUCAUGCAGCGGCACGCACAUAUCAAUUGAUAUUGCAGCACUUUGAUGCAAACAAUCAGGACUCAGAUAUGUUUGUUUGGGGAUGCUCUGCUACUGUUAGGAGGCAUGACGGAAUUGGAUUACAAGGCGUAUUCGAUCACAUUGUGUAUCAUCGCGACUUUUUAACAAUGGUGGAAGAAGGAUGGUUAUGUAAUAUGAAAGUGACAACGGUGCAAACCAAGGUUGACUUGAGUUCAGUCGGCACGAGGUACAACGAUUUCAAAGAAAGUGAACUAUCCAAGGCCAUCAAUACCUUGGACAGAAACGACAUUAUCAUCAAAAGUUGGGAGAAGUACGCAGCUAGUGAUAACCGAAGAUCGACUCUGGUGUUUGCCGUAGAUAUGGAGCAUACCUUAUCAUUAUGUAACGCAUUCAGAGCUCAGAAUAUUGAAGCUCGCUUUAUCACCAGCAAGUCCUCUCCCGUCGAACGUCAAGAAGCCUUACAGGCGUUUCGAAACGGAGACUGCCCCGUACUCGUAAAUUGUGGCAUUUUGACGGAAGGAACUGAUAUUCCUCGAAUCGAUUGCAUCCUUAUGGCACGGCCAACUAAAUCAAGUACAUUGUUUCAGCAGAUGUUUGGGCGCGGUAUGCGACUUCAUCCAUCCAAAAAGGAUUGUCUUGUCAUCGACUUUGUAGAUAAUUUCUCUCGCGCCGGCCGUGCUGGUCUUAUCACAAUCCCUACACUGCUUGGUCUGGACGUCAAUACGACAUUGGAUGAUGUUGAUUUGUUGGAGGUCGAAAAACAAGCUUUGAUUAUUGAGCAAAGCAAGCAAAUGGCAAAGAACCUUCGGCUUGAUGAUUCAGAGAAUAUUGAGUUUCCGUCCGAGCGACCGAAGGCCCACCUUACCAUCACGGAAUACGACAGCGUGUUUGAAGUCAUGGAUGAUUGUUCAGGCUCCAAAGAUUUGUACGAACUGAGCCGUAAUGCCUGGGUGGCUGUUGGCGAUCAAGCGUACGUGCUAGCUGUCAAAAACGGAUCCAUUAAAGUUGAACAAGAAAAUGGCAUAUGGGGUGCGAAACUGCGAAAAGUGUUACCAAAUCGCUAUGGAAAAUCGAUCUAUACGAAGCCACAGGAACUACCUAUCACUGGAGAUAAUCGAGAUCAGGCGAUCAAGGCAGUCGACACGUACGUCAAGUCAUAUUACAAGUCGAACACCCAAAAUUCCCAGUGGGUGCUGAGAAAUGCCAAGUUCCGACAAGAGCCUGCUACCGAGGCACAAAUACAAGUCCUUCGAAAAAGGUUCGGUAUGAAGGUUGUUGACGGAUCGCUCACCAAAGGUCAGGCCAUGAAUCUUUUUGCACGCAUGCAAGAAGGACAAGGCAAGAUUUGGAGAAAGCAAGCUGAAAAUCGCAGAGCAGCGGCUUUAGAGAUUGAAGAGAGAGCAAAAGCUGGGCUUUUACGACGGAAAUGAUGGGAACAACUAGCAAUUCAUCCGUCAUCUACUAGAGAUCUUCUUCAAUAGAAUCGACAUCGGUCUACAAGAGAUCUUUUACAACAAAACCACUUCAAUUGCCUGUCGCGUAAUAGACU